AAACCAAAACACAGGAAGUGACAGGAACCCAGAGCCGCUGAUUGGCUGUGGCAGAAACCGCAGAUCUCUAAGCACCUGACCCGGAAGUUUACAAGUCGAGAUGAAGGUGGAGAUGAGCUGAAGCUCCGCCUCUUCUCUGUUUCCGGUCACUGUUCCGUCAACAUGGCGUCGGUUAACCGGAGGAAGCUCGAGUCUCAGUGACGGUAACGAUCAACACGAUCCCACCGGGAAACUGGAACCAGCGGGGGAGCGAGAAGAUGGAGGAGAAAGCGUUAGAGGUUUAUGAUGUGAUCCGGUCGAUCCGGGACCCGGAGAAGCCGAACACCCUGGAGGAGCUGGAUGUGGUGACGGAGAAAUGCGUGGAGGUCCAGGAGCUCGGAGAAGACGAGUACCUGAUCAUCAUCAAGUUCUCCCCGACCGUCCCUCACUGCUCCCUGGCCACUCUGAUCGGUUUGUGUUUACAAGUGAAGCUGCAGAGAUGUUUGCCUUUUAAACACAAGCUGGAAAUUUACAUUUCAGAAGGAACUCAUUCUACCGAGGAAGAUAUUAACAAACAGAUCAACGAUAAGGAGCGAGUGGCGGCCGCCAUGGAAAACCCCAACCUGAGAGAGAUUGUGGAGCAGUGUGUCAUCGAACCAGACGACUGAGGAGUGUGUGUGUGCGUCUGUGUGUGCGUGUGUGUGCGUGUGUGCGUGUGUGUGUGUGUGCG